UCCUGUUUGCCAGCUUGUUGACCUUCUGUGUUCCCCUCCUGCUGGGUUUAGGAGCCGGUGCUGUGGACGAAGAGACGGGGACGUGAGUGGCCAUUGAGGGCGGCCAGGGUGCCGGUGAGUCCCCCAUCUGCUCGGUGUGCGGGCUGAGCUUCGAGGGGCUGAAUUUCGAUGGAGGACCACAUGGUGGGGCACAACAAGGAAAAGCGUUAUGAGUACGACGUGUGUGGCAAGGCCUGCCAGAGCCCGAGCCAGCUGCAGACCCACCGGCGGGUGCACACGGGCGAGAAGCCCUAUUGCUGCUCCGCAUGUGGCAAGAGCUUUAGCCGGUUGUCGGGACUGCAGAGGCACCAGCGGGUGCACAGCAGUGAGCGGCUCUUCAACUGCUCCGACUGUGGCAAAGGCUUCAAUUUGUCCACACACCUGAAGGUGCACAGGCGCCUGCACAGCGGGGAAUGGCCCUACAUCUGCAGCGAUUGCGGCAAGAGCUUCACCCAGUCCUGUCAACUGCUGGAGCACAAACGCACCCACGCCGGCGAGCGCCCCUAAAUAUAUGCACAGUGGGCCAAUGGCUUCACCUGCUCCACCAGGCUGCUGUCCCACCAGCUGGUGCACACCGGCGACUGUUCCUUUGGCUGCUCCAACUGCGGCAAAAGCUUUGCCCGGUCGUCGGGGUUGCUGCGUC